AUGAAUUCUGCAGAUACAAGUGAGUCGAUAAAUUUCACUACUGAAAAACAUUUCAAAAAUAUUACGAUGCGUUGGUAUUGUUGUCUUUUACUUUUUCUUAUUGCACUACUUUCAAUAUCAGCUUUGCCUACCGAUGGUAAUGCUAAUGAAAAGAGUUUAUUAACUGUUGAAAAUGAAGAUAAACUCGAUAUGGCAAUCGAAAAUGAACUUUUGAACGAUGAGGAUGAAGAUGAAAUUGAUGAAGAUGGAACUUUUGCUAUUACUGAACGACAUCACAAACAAGGAAAACCUCAAAAACACAAAAAACCUAAAGAUAGUGAUUCAGAAGAAGAAGAAGAAGAUCACAAAAAAGAUAAGAAGAAACCAAAAAUAACAAAAUGUUUUUGCUACCAAGUACAACCUUCGAAACAUAAACCACAACAAAACCACCAUAAAAAACCACAAAACUCCCAUAAACCUCAGUCAUCAACAGCUGAAAUUUCAUCAAAAGAUCCAAAGAGUGAAGAAGAUUCAAAUGACCUAAAUUAA